AGUCCGACCGGCCGGGACGGGACGCCGGCUACCUGAUCCCACGCACGGCACGACUCGCGCCGGCCGCGCUCAUUUGAACCAGUCAAGGUUACUGACACCGGCCGCCGGGCCCGCCGCUGCCGCUGCUGUCUUCACAGCGGGCCUGUCCAGUCGACAGCCGCGCCUGCUUUCACCGGCUGCCGCUAGGGGCGCUGGCGGCAGGCGUCGUCGGCCGGCGUCUUGAGGCCGCGCAAACGAGUCGAGCGUGGUGCCAAGAGGGGAUCGUAGGUGAGCUGUGGUGCAGGUGUGUGGUGUUUCACCACUAGAUUGGUGCCGGUGGCCGGUGGUGUCGAUGCGAGCUUGGACCGGUGGAGUGGUGCCCGUCACUCGUGGUUCAAAGUUGUGAAAGUUUCGUCUGCCGAUUUUGCUAUCGAGGGGAGCGAGGAAGGACGCCUCCGGAGGCCGCCAUAUCACCGCUGCCAGCCGGCGGCGGCGGCGUCUCAUGUCUGAAUGCUGGACGUGCUCCACGGCUCUGAGGGCGGCGGUGGCGGUCACUGGGCAGCCAUGGACAGCGCGGGGGGAUCCGCGCGCAGCUCCACCUCAGAGAAUGCCGGCGGUGGCGGCAGGUCCAACGGCAGGCCGCCGCACCACGGCUCCACGCGCUCUGGACGCCAUAAACACUCGCGCCUGGACGACUCCGUGGACGUAUCGGCGGCAGUGACGGCCCCAGAGCCCGGGCCGGACGUGCUCGAGGUGCAGAUCGUGCCGCAGGACUCGUGGGCCGACACGACGGCCGUCACGGGCAACACGUCCGACGUGUCGACGUCUGUGGACGAGUUCCGAGUGCUGCACUCUCCGGAGCGGACUCUGCGCGCCCGCUGCCGCCGCCGGCUGCUGGCCGCGCUCGCCGGCUGUGUGUGUGGGUUCGCGCUGCUCUCCCCGGUGGUGAUGGUAGUGCUGCCACGGGUGGGCGCGCUAGACCUCUCUCCAUCUCAACUGCAGUGCGGCGCCGAGUGCGACGGAGCGCUGAUCGCGUUCGCGUUCAAGCUGCUGAUCCUGGUUGCGGGCGGGUGGGCGGUGUUCGUGCGGCCCGCGCGCGCCACCCUGCCGAGAGUGUUCGUGCUGCGUGCCGCAGUGCUGACGCUCACGUUUGUGUUCACGUUCAGCUACUGGCUGUUCUUCUUUGUACGUGUUCUGGAGGAGCGGCACACGCUGCAGCUGUACACGCUGACCGUGUUCGCCGGCUCGCUGGUGGACACUCUGCUGUGGACGCACUACCUGGCCGUGCUGCUGCUCGAACUACGUCACGCGCAGCCGCAGUACGCCGUGCGCGUGGUGCGCAGUCCGGACGGUGAGUCGCGCCUGUACCCGCUGGGAGCGCUCAGCGUACAGCGCGCUGCUGCAUACGUACUGGAGCGCUACUACGCCGACUUUGCCGUCUACAACCCGUACCUGGAGCGGCUGCCCACCAAGUCGGCCUCGAGGAAACCCAGCAGCGUCACCAGCUACAAGUUCUACGACGUGGACGGCUCGACGGCCGGCUCGACCAUACAGACCCCUGCUCGGGUGCUGCCGGCCAGCCGGCGGAAGGACGGCUCCCACAACGAGCGGUUCCACGAGGAGUACGAGUACGAGCGGCGGGUGAAGAAGCGCCGCUCCCGGCUGGUCACCGCCGCAGAGGAAGCGUUCACGCAUAUCAAACGGCUGCAGGACGAGCACGGUCCGGCGAUGCCGAUGGACCCGCACGAGGCAGCGCAGGCCAUCUUCCCGACGAUGGCCCGGCCGCUGCAGAAGUACCUGCGCGUCACGCGCCAGCAGCCGCGCCACACCAUGGAGGCGAUCCUGGCGCACCUGGCGCAGUGUCUGGCGCACGACCUGGCGCCGCGCGCCUUCCUCGAGCGCUACCUGGCGCCGGCGCCAGUGCUGGAGUCAGAGCGCGAGCGGCGGCCGGUGCAGAGCUGGGCUCUGGUGAGCGAGACGCCGCUGUCUCGUGCCGCCGCCGACGGCGUGGUCUUCCAGCUGCGACAGCUGGAUGUGUCGCUACUCUGCACCGUGGUGAAGCUGCCUCACUUCAACAUCACAGAGGAGAUCAUAGACCCAAAGUGUAACAAGUUCGUGCUGCGGCUGAACAGUGAAACGUCCGUAUAGCAUGAGAAGGUUGGUGUGUCGUUAGUGUGCUGGGUCAGGUCUCCACUUCUCGUGCUUGUGACAGCGCAGAAGACUCGUCCAACUAUGCAGCAAGAGUGCUGUGCAGAACACUCGGGACCACGACAGCUCGCGUCACGCCCGCGCCAUGUGUGACAUGUUACUCGUGAAGUGUAAAAUGUUUGUGCUCAACCCCCAUUCCACCGUAUGUUUGCGACUGAUGCUGUAUUUUGGUCAUGUGUAGUCACCUCUUACGCUGCCGAUUCCGUCCCAUCCUGUUAUUAGCAUAACUGCGUGUGAGCUCGGCUCGGGACUCAGCUCGCAUAGCAGCUGGUUGGUUAUCUUCCAACGAGACAGUGAUUGGAAGACGAAAAGACGCGUGUUAGGGUGUGGCGGCUCGGUUUGCAUGGCUGCGUUGCGACUGAUCGGGGUUCGAUAUGUUCUCACGGAAUCAUGGUCACGAGUGGACCCACUGGCCGGUGCGAGGUUCCACCCCGCGGCUGGAUAAGACUCCUGUUUUUCACCGACUGACACUGUGACUGGCGAGGGACCUCCCUCCGUGUUCCGACGUAUGUAAUUGUUGCCGUCCGUUCGUAGUCGUACGAUAUGUGUCAGCUCUGGAUUGUGUAACUACGCGACAUUUCACGUGGCCAAAUGGUAUUACGAAUGUUUGCCUCGAGUCUCAAUCAACUACUGUUUUUUAUAUUGUUACCUGGUU